GGUAUGAGGAAGUCGGAGCCGCCGUCCGUAGCCCGGCCGGGCGCAGCCUCCGCCGCCGCCUGCCCGCGGCGCGCUAUGGUGGCUGAGCGCCGCGGCCGCCUCCCGGCGUGAAGCCCCUCCGGCGCGAUGGAGGAGCCCGCGGCGGCGGAGGAGUGGCAGGGGGCGACCCAGAAGAGGAAGGCCUGGGCCAAGAGCCGGGACUCCUGGCAGGCGUCGGAAGCGGAGGAUCUCUCGGCAGCGGCGGCGCAGCUGGCCCGCGGCGAGGAGGAGGAGGAAGACGACGAGGAGGAGGAAGAGGAGGAGGAGGACCGGGAGCGGGACCACCUCGCGGGCGGCAAGCUGCCGCUGGCCGCAGAAGCAGGCCACAGCGUGCCUAACGAGAAGAUCGCGAUAUGGCUGAAGGACUGCAGAACGCCUCUGGGAGCCUCCCUGGAUGAGCAGAGCAACCCUCUGUUGAAGGGCAUGCUGGUGAGAAAUGGAGGAAGUUUUGAAGAUGACUUAUCCCUGGGAGCUGAAGCUAAUCAUCUGCGGAGUGACACCCAAAUGGAAACGUGCAAUGGUAUGCUGGCAAAGGAGAAGAGACUUCAGUUUCACCAGAAGGGGAGAAGUAUGAACUCUACAGGCUCUGGAAAAAGCAGUGCAACUGUUUCAAGUGUUUCUGAGUUACUGGAGCUUUAUGAGGAAGAUCCUGAAGAAGUGCUCUAUAACCUUGGAUUUGGAAGAGAUGAACCAGAUAUUGCUUCAAAAAUUCCAGCAAGAUUUUUUAACUCAUCAUCAUUUGCCAGAGGGAUAGAUAUCAAAGUGUUUCUGAAUGCCCAGAUGCAACGCAUGGAAGUGGAAAAUCCAAAUUUUGCUUUGACAAGUCGUUUUCGCCAGAUUGAAGUGCUUACUACUGUGGCCAAUGCUUUUUCCUCUUUGUAUUCUCAAGUCUCUGGGACUCCUCUGCAGAAAAUUGGUAGUAUGAAUUCGGUGUCUUCCAGCAAAGAAGCAUCCAGCCCUCCUCCCUUAAAUCGCAGCAAUACAGCCAGUCGGUUAAUGAAGACCUUGUCCAAGCUUAAUCUUUGCGGUGCACAGCAGGCCGAUAGUAGCGGCUGCUCAACACCUUCACCUGUUGAAAAAGGGAAGGGUCCAGCUGAGACAGAGAGUGAGGAAAAUGAUGCUAAAAAUGACUCUAAGUUGCCAAAAUUCUCCAAAAAGAAAGACUCUCCCUCUUUUCUGGCUACGGUAAAGGAGGAGAUAGCCAGUAGUCAGACAAAUGCUACAGAUGCUCAUAGACUUGAGAUUGUGCCUGAUGGAACUGAUGAUAAGCGUGAGAAUACUGAGUCUGCAGCAGAUGUGCAAAACAGCAGGCUGGUAAGCCCCCAGGACAGACAAUGUGAAGAGUCUGGUCUUUUGGACUCUUCCAGCCUCAGCAGCAGUUCCAACAUGCCUAACAACACCGCGUCCGAAGGUGGUACCCCAGCACAAAGGCCACCUGCAGCAUCGCUGGGUAGAGAGCCCUGCACGCCUCUUGCCAACCCCUCUGUAAUGAAUCUAAUGCUUCAGCAGAAGGACUCCUUUGAGAUGGAAGAGAUCCAGAGUACAGAGGGGGAUCUACCACACGUUCCAGCUUCUCACCAACUGGCAGUGACCAAGUCAAGGAAAGAUCAGCUUUUACGGACUGCUAGUCAGCACUCGGAUAGCAGUGGCUUUGCUGAGGAUUCUUCCACAGACUGUUCUCCAUUUAAUCAGCUUCAGGUCCAGGAGUCUUUGCAAGGCAUGGGGAGCAGUGCUGACAGCUGUGACAGUGAGACAACCGUGACAUCACAUACUGAAGAACAGAAGACACCAGUAGCAAAGGAACGGCCAUGUUUCAAUAAGUUUGAGGAGGAGGAAGAGGAGGAGGAGGAGGAUGACGAUGAAGAGGAUGAUAUCUCUCAAGUAGAGAAAGGAAAGGUAGAGGCGUAUUCUGAAAACCUAAGGAGAGAUGAUAAAACAAAUUGUGACUAUGAAGCUGAACAAAAUAAUGGAGGAGAAAGUAAGUCGUCUCAUAUAUCUAAGAUAGUUGGAGGAGAGGGCAGCUCUAAGGAUGAAGGUAUUUCCAGUGAGCAGAAAGAAUUGGAGCUUCUGGAGGAAGGCAGUGAUGAAAGCGACCCUGACAAUGACACUGCAUUUGAGUUUCCUCAGUACCAAACACACCAUAUCCUUAAGUCCUUGGAGUCUCUGGAAGGUGACAGCUCUUCUACAUCGUCCUUGGACAGGGUUCAUGUUGCUUUGCAAAGAGCCCGGAUGAGGGUUAUUGGCACGUCUGACUCAAGGGCCGGGCGCUCUUUCUUUAAGUCAAAAGAUCUCCUGAGGAAACAAAGACAGUGGUUGGCUGAAUCAGGUUAUCCUCUAAGGCGAUCUCAAUCUCUCCCAGCUGCAUUACUGAAUCCAGUGAAAGUGGUGUCCUCUGUGAAUGUCCAGUUAACUCCAGGAAAAGAGACUCUGUGUGGUCCUCCUUCUUUCACCUAUAAGUACACGCACCUGGAGGAAGAUGAAAAACUGACUUCGGAGGAUGACAAACAGGAAGAUGAGGCAUCUACCAGCCAGCCUGUGUGCAAAUCCACACUAUUCAUUGCAACUUCUUCCUCUAAAAGAGAAGUGCCCCAGGCUGGGCUUAGGAGACUGUCCGAGGUGCCCAGUCCCACCAGGGGACAGAGCUGCCCACUACACACCCCAGCACACAUGUCCCAAUCAACGUGCUCCCUGCACUCCCUCCCGGCUGAGUGGCUGGACAGACCGCUCUGUGAGCACAUGAGGACGCUUAGCACCCACAGUGUCCCGAGCAUCUCUGGUUCUUCCCUCAGUGCCUUGCUUUCACCCUUCAGCUGUCCCUUUUCUCCAAGGCACUCUGGAUACCCUCAUCGACCUCAUGCCAUCAACCCACCCUCCACUGUGGAAAUGCAGCUUCGCAGAGUCCUGCAUGACAUCAGAAACUCUCUGCAGAACCUCUCACAGUAUCCAGUAAUGAGAGGUCAGGAUCUUUCAGCUGCCACUGGUUACACUACUCAGAGAUCAUCCAUUCUACCUCUCUAUGAAAAUACUUUCCAGGAGCUACAAGUGGUAAGGCGAAACCUAAAUUUAUUCAGAACUCAAAUGAUGGAUUUGGAAUUGGCUAUGCUACGUCAACAGACAACAGUUUAUCAGCACAUGACAGAAGAGGAAAGGUAUGAAGCUGAUCAGCUGCAGAGUUUGAGAAAGUCUGUCCGCAUGGAGCUGCAGGAGUUAGAGAUGCAGUUAGAGGAACGUCUACUUGCAUUGGAAGACCAGCUGAGAAGUCUGCACAUGUCCUCCCCUUACAGACCUCAGACACACAUAGGUAUGUAUGGCAGCAGAAGCGCUGAUAACCUAUCGUGCCCUUCUCCACUGAAUGUCAUUGAACCAGUCUCUGAACUUAUGCGGGAGCAAUCAUUUCUGAAGUCUGAAUUGGGUUUAGGACUGGGAGAUCUUGGACUGGAAAAUCUACCAGCCGAGGGUACGGAGUCUGUAUUCUCCCAUGGAAACUCUGAUUCCUCCUCAGUGUGCUCCACUGCAAGUAGAAAAGCUGGUGUUGGAUCCUCUGAGCUAACAGGAAAGUUUAAGAGUCAAAGCAAGAAGUUAUACAGAGCUUCUGUUGCCUUAACACCAACUCCCCCAGUGAGAGCAGGCACUGGACAGCAGGUGGAAAGCUCUGAGGAGUUUGUAGACUCCAAGCCAGAGAUGGAGCACAAAAUGGAGAGAGUCCCUGUGGUGCCUUCGUUUGAUGAAAUCCACAAAAGCGUGGAGCAGGAAGAGCUGCAGCAAGUCAUACGGGAGAUCAAGGAAUCUAUUGUUGGUGAAAUAAGACGAGAAAUAGUAAGUGGAUUGUUAGCAGCUGUAUCGCCACAAAGCAGAUCCACAACUGCAAAACAAGAUGCCCAGCUGUGAGAUGGGUACUACAGGUUGGCUGUGGAGUUCUACUUUGGGCGGCAUACACUGGUGAAGUGUCAAGUUGGUUUUGCUUCAGGAGAUGUUAAAGCUGCUGAGAUAGGCUACUGUAAUUCAACGCUGGGUUCUAUGAUGUGUGCCUUUCCUUGAGUUCAUAUAUAAAGACUUAGACACUUUAACUCAUUUAUUACUCUCCAUAAAGCAUCAAUGAAACUGUGGCUCUCUGAGAGUUUUGUAUUUAUUUGUAUUUCCCAGUUGUAAAUUUUUAUGUUGCUAAGUUCUUAUAGUGAUGCAUCACAAAACUUGAAAAUUUGCAGGCUUAACCAAUUUAUAAAUAACGUGCUCACGUUCAGCCUAUCUUUAAAAAAAAUCACAGAAAACCACCACCAACAAAAAAAACAAAACAAACACUGACCUCUAUGAGGUAUUUAUUGUGCAAUAACUGAUACACUUUGAGAGCUUGAAACAACCAAUAAUUGUUUCCACUGCUGUUACUUAGUGCCACUUCAAAAGAAGGAAAAUUUCCUGUUGUAAAAAUUGCUGUUAAUUCUUGGAGCGGUUACUAUUAGCAGAGUGGUUGAACGACAUGAGGUUACUUAAAACUACUUAAAGUUCUGACACUGAAAGCCUUAUCUUUAUGUAAAAGACAACUUUUAACUAAUUUUAAUUGCUUCCUUACUGUUUGCCCAUCUUGUAGAAAAGUGCCUUAUUUUAAGCAUUGCUUUUUUCUUUGUGUUGACUGCUCUCAGUCAUUCCAAGAAGUUCUCUUCUGCUUUGUAUUAACUAAAUGCAAUAAAAAAGUACUGAUAUUCUGAAAGCAAUUAGGAUGUGCAACUUGUAAUGGAUGAGUGACCUUGCUUGUGUUAUGGGGAAAAUGGAAAAAGAUCUGUUUCCUUCCCUAUCCCUCACUGAUUCUAUUUUCAGUUAGCCUAGUGAACAUGUGUUUGUUCCAGUGGAGAAAAUUGGAAGUCGUUGGAGGUUUUAUGUGGUCAAAUAGACAAUUAGUGGAUAUGUAAUAUCCCAUUGUGCUGUGCUAGGAAUGUCUUUAUUCCUUUGCUGCUUCCAGCAACUAACUCUUUAUACUGUGCCAAGGUUUUUAAUCAAGAAUAGUUUCAAAUGUAACAAUAUUAUAUGAUAGUUUGAUUUUUAAUUGUGUUAGGAAGACACACAAGGGCUGAUUUCUUUUAAAAAACAAACAACAAAAAAAAAACCCAACAAAAACAUGUAUAUUAAACCAAUAAAAUAUUUAUUUUGCCUAUAA